AUGAAGAUCUUAGAAGCUCAAUCGGCAACCCUCACGAAUUAUGAGGUAUAUACGCAUUUGACGGAGCAGAGAUCACGAUAUGCCAAGAAAGGUAUCAAAGGAAGGAGGCCGGGAAACCUUGAGACGGUGGUGAAAGAGCUCCUCGAGUACUUUCACGAAGCUCCCUCACCUCUCGCAUCCAAGCCCUUACCUUACAAUGACCAGACCAUCGGCACACUCCUCGAGCGACUCCGUCCUUUCAACUUCACCAAGGCUGAGAUUCUCAUGAUCAUGAAUCUCAGGCCAACUAAAGCCGAGAGUUUGAACACGAUAGUGGAGGAGAUGGAUGAUAGGUUUUCUGAUGAACAGCAAUAUGAGAUUGUGGAGAUUAUUGCUGAGGUCCUGGGUACGGUGGAUGGAAAUGCAGAGAGACAGGCUAUGACUGAACAGGCAGAGGUGCGGAAAGCCCAGCAACCACAACCAGACACAAAAUGGGAAGUGGAUGGAUGA